ACCGAAACAGCAGAGAAAAAAACCAACAACACUCUUUCUGGUGGGCCUGGGACCAUAGAGGGUCGCUCUGCCACGUUCCUAGAGCGACCGCGGCGGCGCCGGCGAACUGCGCGGCCCGCACUUCCGGCGGCGCGGGCGGCGACCAGGAGCCAGGGCGGUGGCCGGCCCCGCGCGGCAAAAAAUUCUGAACUGUGUAACUCUAGGAAACGGAACAUUGGUUUAGAAGAAGACAGUAGAUUCGUUUACAAGUACAUCUGACUAUUCACCAUGAAGUUAGGAAAAACUAAAGGAGGUAUUUCUCGAAGCUCAAGCCAAGGACGAGCCUCUGAGAACAAGCGCAAAACAGGCCGGGAGCGGCAGAAAUGGGGAAUGACUAUUCGAUUUGACUCAGGCUUGAGUAGACUGAGAAGAAGCUUGGAUGACAAACCCUAUAAAUGUACUGAAUGUGAAAAGAGCUUCAGUCAGAGUUCAACUCUUUUUCAACACCAGAAGAUUCAUACUGGAAAGAAAUCCCAUAAAUGUGCUGAUUGUGGGAAAAGUUUCUUUCAGAGUUCUAAUCUCAUUCAGCAUCGGCGGAUCCAUACUGGGGAAAAGCCAUAUAUAUGUGAUGAGUGUGGAGAAAGAUUUAAACAGAGCUCCAAUCUCAUUCAGCACCAGAGGAUUCAUACUGGAGAAAAACCCUAUCAGUGUGAUGAAUGUGGCCGAUGUUUCAGCCAAAGUUCCCACCUUAUUCAACAUCAGAGAACCCACACUGGGGAGAAACCUUACCAGUGCAGUGAAUGUGGCAAAUGCUUCAGCCAGAGCUCUCAUCUGAGACAGCACACAAAGGUGCACAAAGAAGAGAAGCCUCGUAAAACCCGGGGUAAAAAUAUCAGGGCAAAAACUCACAUAUCCUCUUGGAGAGCUGGUACAGGAAGGAAGUUGGUGGCUCGUCUCCGCUAAGACCAGCCCUCUUUUUAAAAAGUAGUAAAAAAUAAAAGCAGUCUCUUUUAGAAUUGGAGAUGCUUUAUAGUAGAGCACUUAAAUACUGGAUCCUUCCUUACAUGGAGACCUUGAGAAUUAAUGACAUUGGGCUAAAAGAAACCACAUGAGUCUAGCUGCCCUCAUUUCUUUUUUAUGUGACAUGGAGCACAAAGAACUAAAAAUAUGUUUUGAAAGAGUACAAGAUCCUUGACCUCAUUUGAAAUUGCUUCCUGCAUCAUUUUGACAAAAACCAUCAUAUUGUAUAGACGUAUUUGUGAAAAGUACAGGCAUGCUGAUGAUUUUAGGACAUUCUGCAGAAAGAAUAAUGAAAUAAAAGGGAAAAGACAUUAAUUCCUUUAGUUUUGAAGUUCUGCAACAGAUGAAAUUUUAACUUUGUAAAGUUUUGUAGUAUAUUAGCCAUUGGUUUAUUAGUAUGACUCAGAUUCAACAUAUCAAAAUGUAUUCAAGUUCACAGAUUUUUAAUCAACAAGGUCCUUCACUCUGUUAGCUUUCUUUUGUUUCUUCCCUUAUAGUUAUUAAUUAAAGGAGUAAGAAGUUUUGUUUUCACCAUCUUUUUUAGUAAGAGAUACUACAGAAUCCAAAGUGAGAACUGAAUUAGACCUCAAGUCUUUUAUUCCUACUAAUACUGUUCUUUGAUUUUGUGUCAUUUGUUUUCCAGGAGUUGGGAUGGAUGGACAUUGAUCCAUCCUCAUGUCCUUGACCUCUUGACAUUCUCUUGUGCUCUGACAAACUGAGCCAGACUUUUAGAUCCACAUGAAUAAGCAAAGCAUAUUUUACCAA